CGGGGAGCCCGCGCGCGCGCGCGUAGCGCCGUGGCCUCCGGUGUCCUGGCGCUGCGCCUCGGGCCUCCCCGCCCCCACUCGGCCCUUGUGUCCCUCCGGUCCCCGCCGGCGACGGUCACCGCGGCUGCGGCGAUGCCGGGCCUGUGGCGUGGCAUGGUCCUGCCUGCGGCACCGCACCGUACAAAGGAGAAGGCCCGCGCCCGCCGUGCCUUUAAAGGCGGCAGCCCGCGAUUUAAGGUGUCCCCUGGGUGGCAUCCUCCGCGUCCGGCCGCAUGGAGGGCGCGGGGCCUCGGCAGGCACGACCCGGCUCCCGGGCCUGUGUGCAUGCUCGGGGCCGGGGGCCUGGCGGUGAGGUGGAUCCCAAGUAGAAAGCCCAGUGGAUCAAAAGAGAGGGAGGGGAGGGGCUGAACUGUGAAGAGUGUGGCCCCAGAACCAUGUCUACUCGGGAGUCCUUUAACCCGGAAAGUUAUGAACUCGACAAGAGCUUCCGCCUAACCAGGUUUACUGAACUGAAAGGCACAGGCUGCAAAGUGCCCCAAGAUGUCUUGCAGAAAUUGCUGGAAUCUUUACAAGAGAACCACUUCCAAGAAGAUGAGCAGUUUCUGGGAGCUGUUAUGCCACGGCUUGGCAUUGGGAUGGAUACUUGUGUCAUUCCUUUGAGGCAUGGUGGGCUUUCCUUGGUUCAAACCACAGAUUACAUUUAUCCAAUUGUCGACGACCCCUACAUGAUGGGCAGGAUAGCAUGUGCUAAUGUCCUCAGUGACCUCUAUGCAAUGGGCGUCACGGAGUGUGACAAUAUGCUGAUGCUCCUUGGAGUCAGCAAUAAGAUGACUGACAGGGAAAGGGAUAAAGUGAUACCGCUAAUUAUACAGGGUUUUAAAGAUGCGGCAGAGGAAGCGGGAACCUCUGUAACGGGCGGUCAAACGGUGUUAAACCCCUGGAUUGUUCUGGGAGGAGUCGCCACAACUGUCUGCCAGCCCAAUGAAUUUAUCAUGCCAGACAAUGCAGUACCAGGGGAUGUGCUGGUACUGACAAAACCCCUGGGGACACAAGUCGCAGUUGCUGUGCACCAGUGGCUGGACAUUCCUGAAAAAUGGAAUAAAAUUAAGCUAGUGGUCACCCAAGAAGAUGUAGAAUUGGCAUACCAAGAAGCGAUGAUGAACAUGGCACGACUCAACAGGACAGCUGCAGGCCUUAUGCACACAUUCAAUGCUCAUGCAGCCACUGACAUCACAGGCUUCGGGAUUCUGGGCCACGCACAGAACCUGGCCAAGCAGCAGAGGAACGAGGUGUCAUUUGUGAUUCACAACCUUCCGGUGCUGGCAAAGAUGGCAGCUGUGAGCAAAGCCUGCGGGAACAUGUUCGGCCUCAUGCACGGGACCUGCCCGGAGACGUCAGGAGGCCUGCUCAUCUGUUUACCACGUGAGCAAGCAGCUCGGUUCUGUGCAGAAAUAAAGUCCCCCAAAUAUGGCGAAGGCCACCAAGCAUGGAUUAUUGGGAUUGUAGAGAAGGGCAACCGCACAGCCAGAAUCAUCGACAAACCUCGGAUUAUCGAAGUCGCACCUCAAAUAGCCACGCAAAACGUGAAUCCCACACCUGGUGCCACCUCCUAAUCUAGACAGAUAGCUAUUGGAUUUUGUUUUUAAAUAGAUCUAUUUCCUUUAUCAUCACUUUGAUUAAAGACUCGAUAAGAACAACAAAAAUCUCAUUGUGUCUACACAUCUGGUGACCCUAGGUCGGUUUGUGAGUGGAUGCAAUUAAUAAAAAGAAAUCCAUGGCCUUCUUUUCCUAUUACAUUAACUGAAGAUGCACCCAACCUUGAGGCAGCUUCUGAGUUGAGAAUGAUAUUGUUAUCCAAUACUGUUGAUUCAUUUUGAAUCUUUAGAUGCGUAUCUCUUGCCGCAUAGGCGCUUUCUAAAGGUGCUUCCCACCCCAGACAUUACUGAGGGCAGUGUCACCUGGCAGUCUGUGUCUUCUCGUCUAUAAAUGUCUCAGUUGACAUUCUAGAAAGGCAGAAUUGGUAAGUGACGUGGAGCCUCCCAGUCGUCAGAGGGUUGCAUGAGUCCUUUGAGUCUUUGGUUUGUAAAGAGCUGAGUCUAACAACUCGAGGGCAUUUCUUCUACCCGGGACAUUCUCCAGUCGCUCACUCAGACUCAGUUCAGUAAGGUUUACUCUGCAUGGAAAGCACUUAGAAUUAAAAAAAGAAUUUUUUUUUAAAAGCUUUCCUGAUACUUGCAGUAAUACCAUUAAUGGUUCUUUACCAAUAGGAAAAAGGAUACUUUUUGAAAUGUAAUUAGAUGUUCUAUAGUGUGACAAGGAAUUGCCUUCCGAUAGGGGAUUCAUGUAUAAUACUCAUUUAUAAUUCAAUAUCUAAUUUACUUCGCAAAUAAUUUUUAAAUAUAAUCAAUAAUGACUGUUCUGUGGAUGGUAGCAUUUAAUACAUUUUAUAUUUUGUAUAGUGAUUUCAGGCCUCUUGUUUAAAAUCAGCAGCUCUUUAGCCUAAUUCUUAGCAUCAUUUUGUCUCUGCGCCCAUACUUUUUUGUGCACGCAUUUUGUGAUCUGUGUUUAAAACCUGCAUUGCCAACAUUGCAGCUCAAAUUUAAAAGUUGUUAUUCAAAUAAAUAUUUAAUUUUUUUAAUUGCUCUUGUAUAAUCAGAUGCCCUUUUUAGUAUUAUUUUAGAAGCGUUUGGGAGGGUUUUGCCUAAAGUACAAUUUAUUGGGGAAAACUAGAUUUUAGUUUUAUAAAACUUUUAAGUCUUUCAUGGGACCUAUAUUUUCUUGGAUUAAAUUUUGUAGUUCUAGAACAAAUAGGCAGUCUACAAAGGUGUUAUCUGUGUUUCUUAAAAACAACAGGGGCUUCCUCACCUUUUAACCUAUGAAAACAGCUGGGGUUCCCAUCGUUAAGCACAAGGGCACUGGGUCCUCUCGCUCCUGUCUCCAGUAGAGAAAAGCACCACUUCUCCAGGUUCACAGUGCUUCCUGCUAACGGGCCCCAAAGCUGCACUUUGUAAACUCCCAUCCUCACUCCUCAGCACAGAAAACCAGGAACCUGCCACUGGGCAAAUGGGAUUCCCUGAACGGAAGGGAGCGGCUGCAGCGUGGCUGUCUCCUUCAGGAGCCGCAGGACCUCCUGUAUCCACCUGGAGCUGGAACUGGAGCCGCCAGAGUGUGGCCCCGAGCAGAGGACGCUGUCACAGAAGGACACUAAUUGGACACUAUAUAGGAAUCUAUACGAUGUUUGUCCUCGAAAGUACACACCAGUGGUCUGCAAAAUAAAAUGUGUUGGAAUCCUGAGUGCAGAAAAUACACUGUGGGGCUUGGCUCUGUUUUGUUUUUAAGUAGGUGAAAUGGAGCUGAUCCAUGUACGUCUGUUCCGGGAGCUGGCACUUGUCUUGGUGGCAAGCCUGUUGAGAGGAAGCUAGAGGGUUAAUGCCCUGAGCAAAUCGUCUUUGAAGAUUCAUUUGGAAAGGAAAUGCCAGAGACUUGAGGUCCAUGAUUCAUGAUCCAGAGCUCUUGUUUUCAAAGUGCUCAGAAACCUGUGUUGGAAUCAUCUGGGCAUUUGUCAAGAGACAUUCCUGCCCUUAGCCCAGACCCAGAAUCAGUGUUUCUUGCUGCAAAGACAGGUAAUCUCUCUUCAAAGCGAACCCCUUAGGGCUUUGUACAUUAAAGCUUGAGAACCACUAAUCUCAAAAGGAGUGUGGGAGUUCCCUAGUCUUAGCCAUUCUGUUUAUUUCAUGUGUGUAGUUCCUUGACUCCAGUGUCUGUCAUAGGGCUCAGUUCUCGAGUUGGGCAGUCUCUGUGGAACUCGUAAGUUUAUCCCACAGUAACUAUUAUCUGAUUUCUGGACCAGACUAAAACUCUGCCCUGGGCAGUGUUCAUCUUGGAAAUCUGUACAAGUUCUGUGAUGGAGUUGCACCCAGAAUGGUUGAGUAGGGUGAAUAGCAUUGCCUGGAGAAGCUGGGCCCACUAGAGCCAAUUCCCCUCAUGUUGAGAGAUUUUACAAAGGAAUGUCAAAGUUUAGUUGGUUAUUUCCACAGGCUGGGUUGAAACCAAUUGUUUCUAAGAAAAAAGUUUGGACAAUAACAUACUUGUUCUUUUUGGUUCAGUAUUUUAAAAUAUCUUAGUCUUAGAAAUUCUGCAUGAUUUAUAACGAAUAAGUGGUAGUAUUUUGAUCUGAUUAUAUAAGUGCAUGAGUGACACUUGCAGUCUGAAUUCAGCAUUGCCCUUAAAAGUCUGGCGCUGCUAAGAUGACUCACUGGGUUCAAGGUGCUUGCCUCACAGUCCUGAUGACAUGUGGAAGGCAAGCUGACCUCCACAUGUACACAUGGCAUGUGCUCACACUUGAUACAUUCUAAAGUAUUUUAGACUGCAGAGCUAGGUCUUUGUCUUAUUCUGUAGCUACAGAAACAGUAGCUACACACUUUUAUUUUCAGAGGUGAUUAGCACAGACAUAGAUGCUCAAAAGACCUGAUGGUAAAUCUGCACGUGCACAAACCCCAUUUGAGCUGCUCACUUCCACAUCUGAUCAGCCAAUCGUGGCAAUCUCUGUCCUUUUGUCAUUGGGAACCCACAAUCAUGAAACACCAGGGGCCACAGUGAGACUCCAGAAUCCUCUCAGAG